GCACCGACCGUAUUCAUCCAAAUGAGACCCAAACAGAAAUAUGAACUAAUGGCCACUGCGUGAAUCGAUUGCGCAGAAAUCUAUUCUAUCGAAGAUAAAUAUAUUUAUUUUUCAUCAUUUAUUACAAUGUCUCAUCAUAUUCGUCGAACUUUGAGGCCACUUGCACAUGAAGCCUCAAGGACUACCCCGGGAAUUGCAGAAGCAAUUGUAUCUGACUUCAAGAUCGAACUGCUUCAAGCAACCAUACCUACUUCAGCGGAUAUCGAAUUACCUGCGAAACCAAUCAUCUUUCAUGAGCGCUGGGAGCCAGCGCAGCGAGUGAAUGCCAAUCUAGAACGCAACAGCAAAGACAACUUGAUUUCGUAUCGAUGGCUGGAGGAGCACGUUUCUAAAGAAACUCGAUAUAUCUUGCAUGGCGGGAAAAAGAUUAUUCUUGCUUGGAGGUUCUUAAGGGGUAGUCGCAAGUUCCAAACAAUACAUCAAAUCGUACAUUUCGACGGUGUCUAUGCUUUGAUCUUCAAUCACAACAGGCCGGCAUAUUCUCCACAUGUUUCAUCGCUUUUUGAAGAGCUAUUGUCAUCACAUAUACAAAGUUUUCCAAGAGAUCGACUGACCCCGAUACGGAAGUGGAAACUUCAAGCCCUUCAGAAGUUAAAAUGCUAUUUUGAAUACCUCUGGAUCUUGAUCGGACGGCAAGCGGAUACACUCGAGCCAUACAAUGGGCGCGUUAGGAUGGAUUAUAAAGAUAUACGCACCCCUUUAGGUGACCUAAUGCGUGCAGAGGAAGAUGAGGAUUGGGUAUACGUUACCCUUCUGGAUUUAGGAUCAAACGGUAGUGAUUAUAUGGCGUCAGAAACGCCUGUUCAGCAUGAUAAUAUCGGGGGUCAACCUUACGAAGAAAUGAAAGUUCAAAAUAGAACGUCUGCGUUAGUACAAAAGCCACGGCCACAUGAGCAAGGCGCUCUUUCUGGGAGAUCUCAUUCAUUGGAUGCUCGAGACCGAGCUGAAGAGGAGUCGUAUAAGUAUAAAAUCGACGACAAUGGUUUUGUACUCGAUCAUCCGAACUCCCCAAAACCAACUGUUUCAACCACUAGGAAAGGCCUAGUCGUUGUCACACGCCCUAUACGGGUAGAACCACCGACAGAGAGGUUGCCAAGAGGAAUUCUAGACUUGCCCGCUCCUGAGCAUCAUGUGCAAGUUUCGAAGAGAUUACAGACAAUACAUCUUCCAUCUGAAGCUAUUGAAAUUAUGGAUAUUAGCACAUCCUUAAGGGAGCUUAAACUGGCUCAGUUCGAGUGUGGCGACCUGGAAAGGAGACUCGGCCCCCACAAUGCGUAUUGCUAUCCGCCUAAAACCACGAAGGGGAAAUCAAAGUCUACUCCAGCACUACGAGAAGAAUAUUUACAGGGUUCUCUUUCUAUCUUAAAUGAUAAGGCCAAUAACUAUAGCCGUCCAUUAGAAGAACCUUGGACGGAACGAAGUCAUUCAAAUCAAUCUGAAUCGCGGUCUAGAUUUAGCUGGAGAGAAAUGGAACCUUGUAUUACACCCCCCUCGUUUGGUGACACAGCGGAAACCAGCUUUUACACAAACAACAAGCAGACUUUUCUACAGGACGAAUGUGCAAAUUAUUCUCCUCGGUUCGAGUUACCACCUCUUGAUUUCCAUGACGAUCAAGAUUAUUCUCUUCGAUUAUCUCCGGUGUCAACUUUAUCCUCUGAAAGUACAGAGAUUCGCUUUCCGGACGAUUACUGGACUUGGAGCGUCGAAAAUAACAAUUAUUUCCACACCGAAUCCAAGCCUGACGGCACAAAAGAGACAAAGUGGUAUCCUAGAAAGUUUGCAUAAACUCUAGCAUUGCCGAUAACACCGACUCUCUCAUAUUUCCAAGGAGGAGUUCCUCUAAAUAUCUAGGUCUUACUAGGUAAGGAACAAAUAAUUGUAACUAUGAAUCGAUCCGAGCCUUCCAGCCAGGGCUCGGAUCAACUACACCAACUACACCAAGAGGAUAUAUUGAGUGGAUUGACAUCAGAUCCUCUCGUGGAGUGGAUUAUGGUGUACACCAAAAGCUCUUGGUGGACGUUGAUUGAUUGGUGUACAUCAAAGUGAAUAUGGACCCAUUUUUCUAGUUUUUGUUUAAUGAAGCUAUUCCCAAGUACGUCGUUGAAUAUCUUGGAGCCACGCGCUGGCCUAGUGUAUGUACUUCGCAAACAUGUUAUUGCCCGUCUCGUCCGCUUCGCUUUGAUAGGUAGGUACAUAUCGUAACUGUUUAGUAGAGAUUUAUAAUAGAGCGAUCUUUAUUGAUCCAAUCAGGGGUAAGAAGUUUCAGC